AGCAGGCUUCGUUUUCUCAUCGGAUCGUUGUUCGUCGUCGAACCAACAAGGCAAGCGGGAUGGAAGUAAAGGACGCCAAUGCUGCUAUGCUAAGCAAUUAUGAGGUCUAUCAGUUGCUGACAGACCUGAAAGAAAAAAGAAAGGAGAUGGUUAAAAAUAAGCACAGCACUGGACAGCAGAAUCUCAACACCAUCAUGUAUGAGACCCUGAAGUACCUCUCCAAGACGCCGUGUGCUCAUCAGAAUCCAGACACUGUGAAGGAGUUUCUCACCACUAUGCUGCCUCACAAGCUCACUAAAGCUGAGAAGUUGCAGCUCCUUAACCACAGACCUCAGACUGCUGUUGAAAUCCAGCUGAUGGUAGAGGAGAGCGAAGAAAGACUGACAGAAGAACAGAUUGAUGAACUUAUACAGAAAGUCACAGAUGUCCUGCCUGGUGACCCUCAGAAGGAAGGUGAUGCAUCUGCGGACCCUGAGAUGGAGACAGACCAGUAGCAUCACCCCUGGACACUCAACUAUAUAUAUAUAUAUAUAUAUAUAGUUUUAGUAUAAGUUUUUUUUUUUUCAAACAAAACAUUUCCUCAGUUUUGUUAACAGUGCUAAUGCUAAUAUUUGCAA